GAGACUGCACAGCUGAGCUGUCACUCUGAACGGCAGCCACAACCAGAAGAGACCCUGGAUUUCCAAUUAGAUCCAGACAACAACUUUUGUCACUCUAUGAGGGUACCUCCCCAGCUUCUCUAUUCUCCACCAUCCUAGAUCACCUGUCUUCUCCAUUCUGUGCCUAAAGCCAACAGCUUCCUAUAUUUUUCUUCCUUCGUACUUGCUGUCUACUCUUCCGCUGCCCUCUGCCCCAUUUGUCCCACCCCACUUAACACAUGUCCUCCACACAUGGACUAUGGAGUUCUCGCCUGGACAGGAAGAUGGUGGACAGGACUCUCCGGGAGCUGGAUGGCCUCAUUAAGUUCAGAGGGGACGCUCAACUCCACAGAAGUCAUCCCUACCUGCCGGAUAUCGCCCAGGAUAUAAAGGAGCUCAUACGCCAAAUUAUCAAGCAAAACCAUUGGAAUGAGCUGGGGAACAGUGCUUACCUUCAGGUCACCCUGCAAAGCCUUACUCGCAAGGCUGGGCACUGUGCUAACCUACUGAGGGGAGGCAGUGCAGCUCCUCACAUGAACGGGCCUUCAUCCAGGCGGAAUCUCACCAAGAUGUCAUUAAUCUUCAGUCACAUUUUGUCUGAGCUUAAAGCUUUUUUUCCGGGGGGACAAUUUCAAGGAAAUUCAUAUCGAGUUGUUAAACAAGAGGCUGCUAAAUUCUGGACUCAAAAAUUUGCAACAAGGUGCUUGGUGAAGUGGAGUGAAUUUAAAGCAGGACUUAACACUGUACACCCGGUAGGCGACGGACCCCUUGAAUCUGCACUACGCAGCACUAUUGACCUCACCUGUAAUGACUGCAUCUCGGUAUUUGAGUUUGACAUCUUCACACGGCUUUUCCAGCCUUGGGACACUUUAUUGCAGAAUUGGAUGUUGCUGGCAGUCACACACCCUGGAUAUAUGGCCUUCCAAACAUAUGAUGAGGUUAGAGAUCACCUGCAAGGAAGCAUACAUAAACCUGGGAGUUAUAUUUUCAGGUUGAGCUGCACACAUCUUGGACAAUGGGCAAUUGGCUAUGUGACAUCUAGUGGCACCAUUCUUCAAACCAUUCCACAUAACAAAUCCCUAUAUCAAGCACUGCAAGAAGGAGAGAAAGAAGGACUAUACCUGUACCCUAAUGGCUUGACCACAAACCCUGAUUUAUCCCAGCUCUCCAACCCAUCACCAAACAUAGCAAUUCAGGUGACACAGGAGCAAUGGGAGUUAUAUUCCGACAUGGAUUCCACAUUUGAAAUGUGCAAAAUCUGUGCAGACAACGAGAAGAAUGUUCGGUUACAGCCAUGCGGGCAUUUAAUGUGUGACCAAUGUCUGUCUGCUUGGCAGAAAUCUGAUGGUCUCACCUGUCCUUUUUGUCGCUGUGAAAUCAAAGGCAAAGAAGACAUACGCAUUACUCCCAAAGAAGAGCCUGUAGAGCAACAAACAUUAUCAGCAUCGUCUUCCGCACAAUCAAGUGGUUCAGACACUCAGCAGUUGAGUCAUACUGUUGAUAUAGAGGAGGAAGAGUGGAUUAGAAGAAGACCCCUUCCAGCCCCUCCUGGGAGUACCUCGAUGACCACUUCUUCACAACCCUCAGCUCCUGCUGAUCCAGUGUCAACUAGAGUUCUGUGGGUUUCAAAGUCAUCACCACCACCACUCCCACCUGUUCCACCACACCCACUGGUUCCACCAGUUCCACCUCGCAGAUCGAAUCUACAAGCAUCUGAUUUAAUCCGUUCCAACCAAGAGACUCAACGCUUUGCAAGUGGUGUUCAAGUAUCAAACAGAACCCAGUGGGCACAAUAGAAAGGUUCACUGCCGUCCUGUAAGGGACAACCACAAUAUGAGCAACAUAUAUCAUUAAAAUCUACUUUGCUCUUUCA